AUGAAGGCUCUGCCUUUGCUCGGCAUCGGCUGGGCAUGGAUGGCACUCAUCCUGGCCUUCAGCAUCCCGACAAGCACCGUCAAGGCCGAAGCACCUCCCGUCAAGGUUCAGCUGCGGGCGUCAUGGUCCAGAAUCGAACUUACAAGCGGCGGAUCGCCGUUCUUACUCGAGGUGCUUGAGGCAGCCCAAGCCCAACGACCAUCUAGCUUCUUCCCACUGAUCGAGCUGCUCACAAGCAAGCACCCUCCAUCAGAGCUUCUGCAGGCGUCGGACGAACACGUAGCGAUCAUCGUGGAAGAGCUCAUCAGAUCUCAUGAGCUCUUCUCCGCUUCCUCUGAGCAUGCAGAAGAGGCACUGGAUGCAUGGCGCAUGUCACUGGCGCUCAGCAACAGCAGUCCAAGGAUUCAAGCUCUCGUUCAACUCUACCAGACAUUAAACUUGGACAAGGUAUGGCAGCAAGGAUCUCGAAACACUUCUUGCGUUAGCUGGGUGCAUCAUCAAGAUCAAGUGCUGUGUUCAGGGAACGACGUUCGCAAAGCCAUCCAGAAGAGCAAGUCCGCAUCAACAACGCAAACUCAAAUUCAAGGAGUAUCGCUCGGUCAUUCUCGCAAGAACACACGAAGCAAGACGGCGGCGCAUUCGUUUGUGCUCUAUGCAGACCCAUACUCGGACAACUUUCGCGAGCUUUUCUCCACUCUGGAAGAGCAUACUAGUCAACACGACACCGAGUUCACAUACACGCUCCGCUGGAGACCCUCCGACAAUCACGACGACAGGCCGACCAGCGAAUCAAAAUCGCACGUCCAGCGUCUAUCCGGCUACGGAGCCAUUCUUGACCUGAAGAAAGUGGACUACCUUGUUAUCGACGAUAGAAAGCUCAAGGAUGAUAGCAAUGUAGGUGAUGUCGGUAUCCCGGGAGAGUCCGAGAGCGAACAAGCAAACGCCGCUCAACGAGCUUCGCAAGAUGCGCAAUGGCUCCGCGAACAGAUCGAUGCAGACGUAGAAGCCAGCGCAGUGACGUUGUCAUCGCUCUCCAAUGACCAAAUAGCGGAUCUUGGCAUUAAAGCGGCACGUCUGAUCUUGGACUCGUCCGACCCGCUGCGUGCCCUGCAAGAACUGUCGCAAAACUUCCCGUCGCACGCAACAGCGCUCGCCAGCUCGACAAAGUGGGACGAUGCCAGCACCUCCGCAGCGCUCAUUGAUGCUGUGCUCAAUUUGGCCAGCAUGCGUAUCGAGCCGGGCCAAUCUGAUCUUUGGCUCAAUGGUCAGACCACAAAUGCCCGAGACUUUAUGCCACUUUCGCUUCUAGAGACCUUGCGGAAGGAGCGAGGCUGGAACCAUGCUCUUCAGCAUCGUCUGGCGGGAGGCGGGCUGAACGUAACUGAGGCAGGUGAUCUCAUAUCUUCCAGUCUUUUAGGACGUGCCUGGCUCGCACAGGCCGACGGCAAUGCAGCCGCAGCUACUUUUGAUGCAAGCGAUCGCAUCGAGAUCAAGAACGCACCUGAAGGCACAAGUACAGGGGCCAUCACCUGGUUGAACGACCUCGAAAAAGACCAAGCGACAAGCGAAUGGUCCAACGACCUGAUGGAUCUUUUACGACCCUUGUGGCCCGGAAAGUUCCCGCGUCUCUCGCUCAAUCUGUUCAAUGUAGUGCUUGUCAUGGAUCUGAGUCAGAAGGAGACCUGUCGCUUCCUGUCCGACACGGUGUUGCAAAGCUUGGGACGUGUCGGCUUGCACUGGGGUUUAGUCCCCGGCGGGCUCGAGGACGAGGCGAACGCGGAUUCGAUCCGUAUGGCACGUCUCUUCUGGUUCCUACUGGAUCACGCAGGCGCCGAGGUGACCUCCGAUGUACUACGAAAGGCCGCAGCAAGUAAAACCGGUUCUGCAGGUGCCCUCGAUGUUUCUAUCGCCAUUAAAGAAGCCAAGUUUGCCCUUAAGAGCCUCGACGCCGAAAGCUCUCUGACCGACCAGCUCGAGAAAGCAUUGGCCGGUGACAAUGACAUCUACAUCCAAAAAGAGAGCCUCGGCAGGGCAUAUAUUCAACGACUUCGUGCUGAUCGUCACGAGAGCCUCACUGGACACGUCUUUGUCAACGGUCAGCAUCAUGCCUUCCACCCACAGAUUGUCCACAUUCUCCAUCAAACUAUUCAGGAACAAAUUCAAGCGCUUGCUCCACAGAUCUACUACGGACAGAUCAGCAAUGACACUCCUGGCCUCGAUACGUAUUUCUACGACUCGGUUGGCGCGCUGUCUUUCCGAUCGGCCCUUGUGGCCGGUGCUUCUGGCGCGCAGGAAGGCGGCCUAGUGCAUAGCGCUGUGGACUUGUUCUCGGCGUUGGUCAACGACGAAGAAGUGGUCGCGUCGAAUGAAGAGGUGUUUGACUUUUUCUACCCUGCUGCAUCGCAAGAUUUGAUGAAUUCAACCGUCUGGGUGCUCGCAGAUGUCGACACCCAAGACGGUCUGGCGUUGCUGACGCGAUCUUUCGAGGCGCUUGCUCGAGACGAUGCCAAAUUCAGGCUUGCUGUGGUGCACCGGCCGUCGGCUUGGAACGAUCGCAAAACCACAAUGUCAACGCUGCUGUUCCACCUUCUGAAGCAGGGGGACUUGGGUCAAUUGUUGCCAUCCGAGAUGCUGCAAGCGCUGCGACAAGCUCUUGAUGAGCCUUCUAUUACUUGGCAGCAGAUGUCGGACCAGCUGCGCGUGCACACUGAUGGACCAAUCAGCGAAUCGGAAGUGCGACGCUUUUGGAAUAGCGUCGGUCUCGCCGUUACUUCUAAACUGGCCAUUCCCGAGGGACCCGCGAUUCUCGUUGACGGACAUCUGGUCUCUAACCUGACAGUGGCGUCCAUCGAAGCGCGUGACAUCACGGCACUUGUAGAGUACGAAGCAGGUCAGAAGCUGCCUUACCUGACGCAAGCACUCAAGCUCAUCCGACGCGACUUGGACGACAUGGACCCAAAGCAGCGACAGAGCCUCAUCUUUGCAGCUCUGUCCGUGAUGAAUGGCGUCUACGACCAAACAGGUCAAGGAGUGUUCACGGCAAAAACGAGUACGCGCUCGGGAUUGGCGGAACAGCUGGGUACGUCAGCGCAUAUGUUUGAAAUCGGACAUCGUGAGACGGCCGAUGUGCGGAUCACGCUGUUGCUCAACCCGAUCUCGGAAGCGGCGCAACGCUGGUCGAGUACCUUGCUCAUGCUGCGGGAGUUGAAGGGAGUAUACCUGCGCGUGAUUCUGAAUCCGGAGAUCAAAUUGAGCCAACUUCCGCUCAAGAGGUUCUACCGCUUCAGUUCGCCGCAGAGGCUCGAAUUUGACAGCGACGGCAGGGUGAUUGCGCCCGAAUUGCGAUUCUUCGGAAUGCCAGAGGAAGCCGUGCUCACGCUGGGAUUGGACGCGCCUGCUUCUUGGCUGACAAUGCCCAUGGAAGCAAUCUAUGACUUGGACAACAUUCGGCUUGCGGAUGUGCCGUCAACAUCACGCGCCAAAGGUGUCAAGGCGGUGUACGAGCUCAAGCAUCUGCUGAUCGAGGGUCACGCGAGAGAAUUGGUUGCCGGUUCCGCUGUUUCGGUACCGCGUGGACUGCAGCUGCUGUUAGAGACGCCGGAUGAGAGCAAGAGUCUGGAUACGAUUGUCAUGGCCAACCUGGCGUAUUUCCAGUUUAAAGCACAACCGGGCUUGUGGAAGUUGCGGAUUCGGCCUGGUCGAAGUGACGAGCUUUACGAGAUGCAAAGCGUUGGAAACCAGGGAUGGAACAGUCCACCGGUCGAACAGACGGGUGCCGAUGUGACUCUCGACACGCUUUCGGGUCUAACCAUCUAUCCUCGCGUCGCCAAGCGCAGUGGUAAGGAGAAGGAAGAACUUCUCGAGCAGCUCGAUGCGCAAGGUCGACCAGUCAAGAAACAGAACUCGGUGGAUAGUGGGUUGGCUGUAUCUGCAUCAGCAGCUGGACAACUGAUGCUCUCGGCCAAAGACAAGCUUUUCUCUCUCGCACGACAAGUCGGCGGUACUACACCAACGCAUAGCGCCACUGCGGUUGCAACAGCACGCAAACACGCCGAUAUCAACAUCUUCACCGUCGCCAGCGGUCACCUUUACGAACGCAUGACGUACAUUAUGAUUCUCUCUGUGCUCAAACACACUUCGAGCAGUGUCAAGUUCUGGUUCAUCGAAAACUUCCUCUCUCCUUCGUUCAAGGAAUUCAUCCCACACCUAGCGGCAGAAUAUGGAUUCGAGUACGAAUUGGUGACGUAUGCAUGGCCGCAUUGGUUGCGGGCGCAGAAGGAGAAACAAAGGACGAUCUGGGGCUACAAGAUCCUAUUCCUCGAUACGCUGUUCCCGCUGGAUUUGGGCAAGGUCAUCUUUGUCGAUGCAGAUCAAGUGGUGAGGACCGACAUGCAGGAACUUGUGGAUCUGGAUUUGGAGGGUAAAGUGUAUGGCUAUCCACCGAUGGGCGAUGACAGUGAAGAUAUGGAUGGCUUUCGCUUCUGGAAACAAGGGUACUGGAAGGACUACCUGCGAGGAAGGCCGUACCAUAUUUCGGCGCUUUAUGUGGUGGAUCUUCAGAAAUUCCGUCUGUUUGCAGCGGGAGAUCGAUUGCGAGGUCAGUACCAAGCGCUUUCAGCCGACCCUAACUCGCUGAGCAACCUCGACCAAGAUCUGCCCAACAACAUGCAGACCAGCAUACCGAUCCACACGCUCGAAAAAGAGUGGCUAUGGUGCGAAACGUGGUGCUCGCACGACUGGCUCAAAGACGCAAAGACGAUCGAUCUCUGUUCGAAUCCCAAGACCAAGGAGCCCAAAUUGGAUCGAGCCAAGAGACAAAUUCCCGAAUGGACGCUGUACGAUGCCGAGGUGGCAAGGCUCGCGCAGAGGUUGGUCGAGGAGAAGAGGGUUGGUAGCAGUGUUGUUGCGCCUGAUAGUCAGGUUGAGACGCGCGCGCGAGAGCACAACCAACAGCACCAGGCGAACAAGGCCAGCCAGGAUGUGCCUGCUCACGAGGUCGAGGCUCAUGCCGAUGCACCUGUUCACGACGAGCUCUAA